GUGUUUGGAGUCUGGGGAAGGGCAUGAGAGAUGAGAUUAGAAGGUCGGUAGAGAUCAAAUCAUAAAGAGCCUUGAAUUUGAUAUUGAAAAAAAUUGAGUCCUAGUCCUCUUGAGAAAGGGAUGAACUCUUGUGGUAUUUGGAAUCAUGGAAUGUUAGAUCUCUAGUCCAUUUCUUCCAUCCCUAUUGGAAUCAUGGUUUGUUAGAGAUCUAUUAGAAUCAUGGAAUGUUAGUUGGAAUGGAAGGGGCCUUAAAGAUGGAAUCCAAAAAACCAAUUCAGUUAUUCUUAACCCUUUGUGGGUUAGUAAGUCCCAGAAUCUGAAAAAAGUUAUUAUUACUCUCCCUAGAAGAGGAUGCACUUAUUUCUGUAUACAAUCUUGGGUAAUUUAUAGAUAUCCUUGUAACCCCACCCCCUCCCAGAGGCUCCUGGAUUAAGUUUAAAAUAUAUUUUUAUAUAUUCCAUUCUCCUGAAUUUUGCAGAUUAAGAAAUCAAGACUCCGAAUGGUGAAGAACUGGUUCAAAUUUAAAGACUCAGGGCUAUACCAGCUCAUCUUGGAUAUCAUUGUGAUGAUCCGAGUGUGCAAAAUGUUCCGCCAAGGCCUCAGGGGAUUCCGGGAAUAUCAGAUCAUUGAAACUGCUCACAGAAAGCACCCUAUCUUCUCCUUCUGGGAUAAUAAGAGACAAGGCCGAAUCACAUUUGAUACCAUGGACUUCGUUGCAGAGGAGGGUCACUUUCCUCCAAGGGCCAUUCAGAUCACCCGGAAGAAGCCUUCUUGGAGGCUGGAGAGCGAGAUUCAUGCCCUUUGGAACCUCUUGCAGAUUCUGGAUAGCUACCGGAAUUACACCAAGACCCUGCAGCUGCUCCUGGCCAAAGUCAUGCGCUUUGAAAGGUUUGGUCGCAGACGUGUGAUCAUCAAGAAGGGGCAGAGGGGAAACAGCUUUUAUUUCAUCUACCUGGGCACGGUCGCGGUGACCGAGGAUGAGGAUGGCAGCAGCGCCUUCCUGGACCCCCACCCGAGGUUGCUGCAAAAGGGCAGCUCUUUUGGGGAAAUGGCCAUUCUGAAUUCUUCACUAAGGAGGGCCACUGUGGUUUGUAUGGAAGAAACGGAACUCUUGGUUGUUGACAAGGAGGAUUUCUUUGAUAACAAGCUGGACCAGGAAGUCCAAAAGAGUGCUCAGUAUCGGUUUGACUUUUUUAGGAAGAUGGAUCUAUUUCAGUCCUGGUCCAAAGAGAAGCUCUGGAAACUGGUAACUCUGGGGAAGUUGGAGAAGUUCUCCUACGGGCAGCUGAUAACAAAAGACUUUGUAGAGUCGUCCUUCAUCAUGUUUGUCUGCAAGGGCAGCUGUGAAGUCCUGCGGCUGAUAGACCUCGGGUCCUCCCCUUCCUACUACAAGUGGAUCCAGCAGCAUCUGGAGUUUCUAGACCACAAGUCUCCAAAGACUCCCCUCAAUGAACCCUCUCCUGUGGAGAGAUAUAAGGAUUUCCAGUUCAAAUCAUAUCCUGUACAGGACUUUAGCACUUUGAAACUUCUGCAUCUUCAGAAAGCCCAGAAGCAUCAAAGGACCCGCUUCAGUGACACAAGUAAAACCUCAAGGAUUGAUCUCCCAAAAACUUUGGGCCCAAAGAUCAAAUCCAAGCAUGCUGAUUCAACCGAACAUUCCCUGAUCAAUACGAAGUUCGGCGAGCUCCCCAAGGAGGCUGCUGUGGGGGCCUACAUCAAGAUCCAUACCGUGGAGCAAGGAGAAAUCAUGGGCCUUCAGCAGGCCCUCCUGGCUGAGACCCAAUAUGACAAGCGACCCCUGAUCCUGGUGAGCCAUGGAGCUGAGGUGAUACGAGUGAGGAGAGAAAAAUUUGUUGCAUUGUUGGACAGCGAGACAAGAGAGAAGUUGUCGAAGCUGAUGAUUGAAUACCCCAGUGACGAAGAGAUGUGCCGGAAUUUCCUCAAGGAGAACAGCUGGAACGUCUUUCGGAAGGACCUGGUGCAGCUGCUGGUGAAGCCCCGCCAGCACCCCCCGUUCACCCCGGUCCGACCCAAGAAGGAAAGCUUCUACAGCUCCAAGUCUGCGGUCCUGAAUUUGUGUGUCUUCGACAAGGAGAUCAAACCUGACUUCCCCAUUUUUAUGGCACCCCAGAAAUACCUGCCCCCGUUGAGGAUUGUCCAAACCAUCACAGCGCCCCGGCCCAAAAUCCAAGAACUCCUGCCUCAGUAUAAGAACGCAGGGGUCCUUGUUUAG